AUGAGUGAGUUCGAAAUCCAGUCUUGGCUCCUGCUUACCAUUCUCCCAGAGAUCCGACUGUUCCUCCUGCUGCUUGCGUCUCUCUGGGGGACGUAUGCGGUCAACUUUACCGACUGUUUUAUCAACUUCAGACAUAAUGCGAGUCUGACACUCAACACGUCAGGAUUAGUGGAUGAAAAUGGUGGAAAUAUAGCAAACACGUCGCCGGAGAUCUUACAAGCAGUUGGAUUCACCUAUGAUGCGUGUCUUUCACAGUGCGGCCCUGGAACACAGAAGCCCACCUGGGCAAACACUUCGCAGCAGUUCAGUGCUUGGCUAUUACCCUACCUUGCGCUCAUUUCUCAGCUGCCUUUCGGUGCAAGACAUAGAGUUGACAACUUCAUGUCUGCUAUCCUCACAGUCGGUUCACCAGUGCUCGCCGGUUACUCGAUGAUUCUAACUAUUCUCAACGCUCGGUGGAUCAGUCGCCGAUUUGAGAAUGUGUCCUUCCCCAACGCCAGACACGCUGUCCGCAUCCUUAUAAGCCUUCAACAAACACCACUGAAAAUAACAAAUGAAGACUCACUACUUAGCUCCCUCAUUGUCCUGCCGGAGAAUGACGACUGGUGGCCGACGAUUGCCGAUUUUCUCGAUUAUACUCUCACUUGGUCCAUCGCAUCUGCGACAUGCAUUGCUUGGGUCAUCGUUGCAUACCUAUUGACAGUCGUCGGCUCGUUAUCGGACGUUAACGCCAACAUCAACUCCAACGGUCAAGGCGCAGGGUCAGUUUGGUUGUGGCUCAUACCAAUCGUUAUAGGUUGGCUGCAGCUAUCUCCGAAGUGUGACUAUGUGCGCAUUAGACGGGCCAUGGACAAUGCAGAUGCAAUGGCAUUUGUAGCCACCCAUCAUGGAGUCAUGAAGGCAUCAGACCUUUCUGAAAGACGAGCAAUAUCCAUUGAUUCCACUUUGGAACAGCCUUCCUCUCCUGACGAAAAUUCAACUCCACCCGUCUAUAACUAUGCCAGGGCCAUCCCAUGGUCUCGGUCGGCAGAGGAUGUCUUCGAUGCUUUUCGAAUGGCCUCCAACAAUUCCAGAAUGCACAGACCGGUCAGGGUGGGUGAUAUAUGGAAGAAUGCGGGCGGGAGGGACGUUAUUGAGCCCAGCAACAGGUCUGGAAACCCGUCCGAAGUCAAUGCUUACUGUAGACUUCCUCGGCACGCAGCACCAAGAUACGGAAUACGGAGCCCCUGGGCAUCAGGAAUAUUUUUCCGCAUGUUUGUGGCAUCGCUCCUGCCCAUAGCUUUGCAGUGGGCAACAACUGGUGCUGCGGUGCUGGUUGUGUAUUUUACUCCGGCUGUGGGUCUUGGUUGUAGAUCUCUUGGUUAUAUCAUCUACGGCGCACUGGCUACGAUGGUGUGGGCGAUGCUCGUCACGUCGAGCAUCAUUUCGCACUACACAUAUUCAUACUCGGGCAGAUCCAGUUGGAGUCCUUUCUUUUCUAUCACAAUGCGUCUCGCAAAGGUCCUAUCGAACCUUUUGAGAUGGGGUGGAAAAUUCUUGGCAAUCGUCAAUGCAAUCUGGGUAGUCACAGCCAGCAUGCUGCAGUUUGCGAAUAUCUAUGAUAGUUGUUACUGCAACUCGAGCGUGAUGGGGAGAGGGGUCCAACAUGCAUAUGGCAUCGUUGUGAUUGAUAAUUUAGACUUAGGUUCAACUGAAGCUGCUUGGUGGGGUGCGUUGGCUUUGGCUUGCUCUACCUCUUUAGGAUUUAUUUUUUUGAUGAGUUUAUUGACUGACUGUGUACCUACGUGA